AUGGAAAAAUUUAUACCUGCUGUCAGGUUAACAGACGCGACUAUUCGCCAAUCAACCUGGGGGAUCGUGGUCCACGGGGUGCAAGUCAAAUCGAUUGACUUCACGCGGCCGGAGGGGGCCAGCAAGGCCCUGCUGACGGAUAACGCAUACCGCUGGGAUGAUGACGCCCAGAUCUCACACGUGGGGUGGCUGACUGCCUCGCCUCAGGGCCCCCAGGGACAAAAGUCUUCAGCGAUCGUCGUCGAAUUCACCCCUCCCGUUCCAGUGUGUGGCUUAAUUGACCAUGGUGCACCCGAUCAUGCUACCACCGGAUUCGGUAUAAACAUGCGCUAUGGUGGGUGGGCGUUGGUUGCAAAAGCAGCGUCCCCUUAG